GUUGUUCCAGUUUUGGUGCAUCUCCUGUCUGCUAUCAGCAGUGUUAGACUUUACAUCCCCAAAGACCUUCGACCACUGGACAACAGACAGAGUGUUCUAAAAUCAAUACAGGAAGUUCAGAAACGUUUUCCUGAUGGUGUUCCCUUAUUAGACCCUAUUGAUGACAUGGGCAUUCAGGAUCAAGGACUGAAAAAAGUUAUCCAGAAAGUAGAGGCCUUUGAGCAUCGAAUGUAUUCUCAUCCUCUUCACAAUGAUCCAAAUUUGGAAACUGUGUAUACACUUUGUGAAAAAAAAGCACAGAUUGCAAUAGACAUUAAAUCCGCAAAGCGAGAACUAAAGAAAGCAAGAACUGUCCUACAAAUGGAUGAGCUCAAAUGUCGCAAACGUGUUUUAAGGAGGUUGGGAUUUGCUACAUCUUCUGAUGUCAUAGAGAUGAAAGGACGAGUGGCUUGUGAGAUAAGCAGUGCUGAUGAGCUCCUUCUAACUGAGAUGAUGUUUAACGGCCUUUUCAAUGACCUGUCUGCAGAACAAGCAACAGCACUACUGAGCUGCUUUGUGUUUCAGGAGAAUUCUAGUGAGAUGCCCAAAUUAACAGAGCAGUUAGCAGGACCACUUCGUCAAAUGCAGGAAUGUGCUAAAAGAAUUGCAAAAGUUUCAGCAGAAGCCAAGUUGGAAAUUGAUGAGGAGACUUAUCUAAGCUCAUUUAAACCUCACUUAAUGGAUGUAGUAUACACCUGGGCAACUGGAGCUACAUUUGCCCAUAUCUGCAAAAUGACAGAUGUCUUUGAAGGCAGCAUAAUUCGUUGUAUGAGGCGCCUGGAAGAACUACUUCGACAAAUGUGUCAAGCAGCAAAAGCCAUUGGAAACACUGAGCUGGAAAAUAAAUUUGCAGAAGGAAUCACCAAAAUUAAGAGAGAUAUUGUGUUUGCCGCCAGCCUCUACUUAUAAACAGUCAGCUAAGGAAUGUGGAAUUGUGAACUGUUCUCCACCUGUCUGAUUACAAUCAACUGUAAAUGCCUAUAAGUAUUGAUUUGGUUUUCCUAUCUCAAGACAGUUGUCCUGAAACAUUUUAAUAUGUAUUAUAUUUAAAUCAAGCAUCAUUCUAAGAAAGCAUAUUACAUACACAUUUGUACAUGAGCGUUACAUUUUUUAAUAAAAAAAUGUACAGGGGGGGCAUUGUUUAGUGAAAGGCCGUUGAAAUUUUUUUAAAUGAACUUACAGCUAUUAGAUAACCAUUGUGUUAAAUGUAACUAUAUACACACAGGUAAAGUAGGCAUCCAAGAGGUAUAGUAGCAGCAGUCCCUUACAGGCUUGUACACCGGGAAGAAAGACGCAUCCUCUUGCCUUCUGGUUGCAAUCAUUUUUCUUUAGAAAGCAGGCCAGCUUCAUCUGGGCACUCUGCCACCUUCAAGGCUGGUGACUGUUCCGAUAGUGAUUCCCUGUCGUCGGUGUUUCAUGCAGAGUUGUAUGAGAAUCCUCCUCUUUUCUUUCUUUAAAAGGAGAAUUUCUCUUUUUGAAGAAAUCUGAUACAUAUACAGCCUAUGGAGAACAGGUAACAUUUAGAAUGGGGCAGAGUAUUAAAUGAUAAAAUUUUAAAUAAAUAAGCUGA